AUACUGAUUAACACGCUUCAGAUCAAGAUGAAGUUCUGGAUGGUACUGGCUGUGUUUGGUCUCCUGGCUCUGGCUGUCAAGGCUGAAGAUGAGGUUGAACGGGCCCCGGGAACACAAGGCGAUGCCAAUGCCGACCAGACCCGCCCCAGAGGAGGAACCAUCCGCUGAACCCAGUUCUUCUGACCACGGUGACGACGAUCCCACAGAGGAACCCACAUCUGAGCCAGUUCCAAAUGAGGAAGACCAAGAAAAAGAGGAUGAUGUAGGUGAGGAGAGGGAGGUGGAGGAUAAGGAAUGGGUGGAUGAGAAAAUGGAGAAGGAACAGGUAGAGGAGUUGGUGGAAGGAGAGCCGGAAGCGCCAUCCACCGAGGCCCAAGACGGAGCACAGGGCGGUGCCUCUCACUUCACCUUGUAUCUACCAGCUCUCUUCUUUAGUGCCCUUGUUGCACUCAAGGUGGCUCACUGAGAACCAUCAACCUUGAGAGUAUCAUUGAAAGGCCUUAUAUAAAUAUAUGUAUGUAUCAAAAUAUUAGCAAGAUGACUGGACUGGUAGGUAGGAAGUUCAAUAAAGUAACAUUUGAAAUUUAAUAUUUUAGCAGAUUCCUCAUUUGAUUAAUUGUUCCAUAAAUUCAGAAAGUAAAGUGAACAGCAUCAGUUGGAAAUACUUAGCAGGUCUCCUACUUCAGUUCAAAUAUUUAGGGUUUUCAGAUGCUCAUACCAGAAGAUACACCAAAUUAAAAUAUUCACAUCAAUAGAGAUUUAUUCAGGUAGCUGUUUGACCAGGUAGCGGGUUAUUAACUGUUGAAGUCUGUAAUUAUUAUCGAGGUGUAAGUAAAGCUUGUCUGUAAGUGCACAUAUAGUGCUAUAAUGGUAUAUUAGGAAUUUAGUUUUACAAUGGAUAAUAUUUUGAGUUUAAUUACAGUAUUGUACAAAAUGGAAAUAGCUUUUGGAGAAAGUAAAACUAAUGUUAUUCCAAUAUUGUCAUCUGGACUUAACAGGGCUUAUAUAUAUAAGGUAAACUUUAUUACCACUACUUCACAAUGCCCUCUGGCUUAUUUAGCAAACUAUUAUUUGUUCUCCUUAUUUAACAGUUUAUGGAGAGUCAUAUGUGUGAAAUAGGAUGAAAGAUAACGAAGUGUAUUUAUCUUUAGUUUUGACAUCUGGGAAAUUGUUGUAAUAUAACCAAACACAUUUAUACUGUACAUGGAGUUUGGAGAGGAAUUAUUAGUCUUAUAAGUUGGUCACCAUCAAUGAGUAAAAAACAAAAAUAAAAAACACUUGGGGUUUUGAUUUUCCAUAGUCUUUAAAUUAUUGGCAUAAGUUUUGUAAAUUAUAUUGCUGGGAUACUGACGCCUCUCUUAGUAAGUGACGUGUAAUAGCUCUCGGUAGAUGACAUCGGUUGGCCGUUGUGUUACAGCCGGCACGACACCUUCAUGACACAAUGUUCUCGUCCCUUAUCGGUGCCUAAAAAACUGUACUAGUAAGGAGGUGGUUGAUGUACUCAUUUACACCAUAGAGAUGAAAUAUUGUACAGUACUCCAUCUUGUAACUGUAAUGAGAGAGGAGAAUAGACUAAUUGAUACAAUACUACAUGAAAUAUUAAUAUAUCAACUUAAAACAUCACAUAAUAUGUAAUCAUAGGCAAUUCUGCAGUAAUUUGUAUAUUAAUAAAAUAAAUUAGCAUGGGACAUGGAGAUUAAAUUAGAGAAGUAAGAUUGGCAAGUUUAUUAUCAUUCUGAGUUACAAUCUGGUGAAUGAAUCUCAAGGAGCAGAAGUCUGGCUCCUGUGAAGGGGAGGCAGGGGUGGCGGCAGAGUGUUCACAUAAGCGUUUACACCAUCCAUAUCCACUAGGGAAAACAAUAGAGAAACCUUCCAUUUAAGAGGCAUAGGUGUUAGUGGACUUACCUCUCCAUAUUGUCCGUUAGGUGGAGGUUUCACUGUAUUAGGGUAAAAGAAUAAAUAAAUAAACCUGAUUCAUCCAAUUAGAACAAAGAAUUGCUUGUUUGUACUUUUAUAGUGCUUUCUGUAUGGCCAGGUUCUUGAAAGUAUUAGAAUUUUCUGCACACAUGAUUCAAUACAUUUUUGGUGGAUGAAUGAAAUCUCCCUCUUCCUUCCCCUUCCCUCCCCUCCCUUCUCUUCCUCCCCUCCCCUUUCCCCUCCCCAUCGUGUAAGGUAAAUAAAUGUCAUGCUAUCUCCGCUUUCUAGCCUCGGAAUUUGUUAACGCAGCGUAUUUUUUUUUUAUUCAAUAUAAUGUUUACUCUAUAGGUUUUAAUUUAUUGUACUGUAUAUGGAUGUUAAUGGAUAUUCUGAGCUUCUUGAAGUGUGAUGUAUUGCAAGCAUAUUGUGACUCCUGAAGCUACAACAUUCCCUAUUUAAUAUUUGUACAAGUUUUCACUACUAUCUGUGCAGUGUAUAAUCCACUUAUAGGAAAGUUAGUUUAGAACCCCAGUUUUAAGUGUUUGUCUGAAAUAGUACGUCAAUAAACUUGAUCAUGUA